AGGAACAUAGAAGAGAGGAAAGAAGUUGUAGUUGGCAGCGACUUGGAGUGGAGAAGAGACAUAGUAGAAAGAUGCAUAACUGGCUGCGGUGCAUGGGAUUCUUCUUGGGCCUGCCGUUUGCUUUGGCUUCAGUGGUCAUCACCAUGUUCAUCACUGUGUUCACCUUCAUCUUCAUGCCCUUGGCGUGGACACUGUCUUGCUGCUCCUCGUGCUGCUGUCCGUACCACAAGAUGAGGGAGGUGGUGAAGAUUCUCGCCACUAUCCAUCUUUAUGUCGUAGGCUGGAUCACCUGCGAUCCGUUGUGGUCAUCAGAACCAGUCAUAGAAAACAGGCAGGAUUACCAACACCAUUACCCUCCCCAAGAUGAUGUUGUCAGAAUGGCACCACAACUAUCACCUCCUUUACCAAUCACCACCAUCGGCUCAAAGAAUUCGUCGUCACCCAAAUCACUUACUGUUUCGGCUGGCUUAACCAAGAGAAGCUUCACGUAUCAAGAGUUGGUGAUUGCGACGAACAACUUCUCCGCAGUUAAUCUGCUGGGAGAAGGUGGUUUUUCUCAUGUGUACAAAGGGACCCUUUCUAAUGGCACAGAAGCAGCAAUCAAGCGAUUGAAAGAUACUACUAGCAAGCAGACCGAUGUUGAAUUCAUGAAAGAGGCUGACAUACUGAGUCUUGUGCACCACAGGCAUCUUGUUUCACUGAUUGGAUGCUGCAUUUCUGAAGGCAAUUGGCUACUGGUUUGUGAAUAUGUCCCCAACAAGACCUUGAAGUUCCAUCUACAUGACAGAGAGCAACCUACCUUGGCUUGGAAGGACAGAUUUAGAAUUGCCUUGGACUCUGCAAAAGGCCUGGCAUAUUUGCAUGAAGACUGCCAACCACGGGUCAUUCACCGUGACAUUAAGGCAGCCAAUAUUCUUCUGGAUCACUCUUUUAGAGCAAAGAUUGCAGAUUUUGGGAUUGCAAAGCAUUUUUCAGAUGAGAAGACACAUAUUUCUACUGUUGUGAAGGGCACUCAUGGAUACCUGUCUCCAGAAUAUGUUUCUAGUGGAAAACUCACAGAUAAAUCUGAUGUUUUCUCUUAUGGAGUGUUGCUCUUGGAGCUCAUCACUGGGCGAAGGCCUGUACAUCUGGCUGAUUGGGCAAGACCAUUAUUGAAGCAAGCACUGGAAGAUGGCAAAUAUGAUGUCCUUGUGGAUCCAUUUUUGGAGAGCUACUACAAUCCUAUUGAGCUUGGGAGAAUGGUUGCUUGUGCCUAUGCCUGUUUGUGCCACUCAGCAUCUCUUCGGCCAAGCAUGAGUCAAAUUGUCCGGGCCUUGGAAGGACUUAUUUCGCUUGGAGAGUAUACCAUUCAAGUUCAACCUUCGAUGUUAUCAGCAAAUAUUUUGUAUCAUGAAAUUCUGAAAUCAUCCAUAGAAGACUCCAACCGCAAUUGAGUAGCUGUUUAAAUUGUAAACUAAGAUUCUGAAAUCAUCUAUAGAAGACUCUCAAAACCCCAACUGACUAGCUGCUUAAAUGGUAAACCAAGAACAAAUGAUGCAAAAAAGUCUAUGACAAUAUAUUGAACUUUAAAUUGAAUAUAUUGCCAACCAAAACAUUUUGAGUAGCAGAAAUAUCCACGUUGAUAGCGGCGAAUCCUGGAAUUACAGUAAGGCUGCUCUUCUAUGAUCGUCGAAAAAAUGAAAAUUGUCAUAAAUAUACUGCAUGUAUUGACUUUCUCCUAUCGAAAAUUAUCAUUUUUUUGAAAUGAAGUAUGCUUAUUGAAGAUUCAAUUUGCAAUGUUGG